AUGGUUGAUGUUAAAACCAUUAGCGACACCCUGGAGGACCUUCUUAGUGACUAUUCCACUGUCUCUACAACACCCUGCUCAUCCUCAACUACUGCCACGACUAUUGGAUACCCUGUCAUUGGAUCAACAAACUCAGUCCCCAGCUUCAACUCAACAACUGAUACUCAAAUACUAUGUUUUCCGGAUACUUGCGAACAGCCAAACUCUACGAGCACAGGCCCUCUGGGUAGUGUGAGAAUGGGAGUAGUGGCCAGAAUCGAGCAUUGUAGCUUGGCCUCAACGGAUAUUACCACUAAUAUACCAGUUGAAAAUUAUGAGAUUGCUAAACGUAGUGGAGCCGCAAGUCCAACACAGCCUGUCUCCAAGGACACUUCUACUCCUUACAGCAGCUAUGUCAGGAACUUAGCACCAAUUUGGAUUGACCAGCUUGGAUCAGUGUCUGCACAAUGGUUUGACUAUCCAUUAUUUGGUCAUUCAGCUGUAGGGGUGAAGGGCAUAUACGGAUGCACCGCGGUGAUCAUAGCAUCCGAAAAGGGUGUGUACAUUUCGCACAUUUGGGAGAGCCCUGUGUUUGUUGACCAGGAGUUUAACCCAACCGAUGACAACUUGUUCACAAUAAAUGCGUUCAAUUCCCUCCGAGAUGGAACCAUACAUGCACAAAGUGUAACUGAUCUGAUUGGGACUGACCAGAAUCCCGGCGUCUUGAAUGCAAUCUACGCACCCAAAGUUUUUGUUCUCACACCCUUCACUACAGAUUGGGACCGACAGUACUUUAGCAUUUCCACCAUACUCAGAUAUCAAACGCGUGUCCAAGAGCUCGCGCAAAAAAUAGCAAACAUUGUUCCCGGUUCUGGUGGAAAUGGCAUCAUUCUGGGUUAUACGCGUACAAGUCGGCAGGCAUCAAGCCAGGAACGAGGCAUUGCAGGAAGAGCCAUUUUGGAGAUUGACCCUUUUUACACAUGGCUCACUACACCAUAUGACUCGAAAUCUAGCGGCCUCCAAAUUGGACGUUGGCGCCUGUGGGUAGAGGACCAUCUGAUUACUUACCAAGACUUCUGGCUUCCUAAUCUUACAGCUCCUCGGGGCAAUUUCUGA